GUACCGAACAACACAGCCAGAAAUGCGAGCGAGGCAAGUCAAGUCUUUUGUAAUCUCGCAAAGGCUCGUCUCUCUUCCACACCCGCCCAAAUUUGACCUGGUUUAAAUUGAGUUAACUUGUGGAGGAUAAUCAGCGACUGAGUCAAAGAGGCUAUGGCAGGAACGAGUGACUCAGUGUCGAUCAGGGUUCCGUACAGGAACUUAAAGAAGCAAUCGGAGGUUGAAAUGAUUGACGAGCCUCAUCAUCGGAUCGAGCUAAAUUCGUCUCCGAACUCUCCUUCAAUUUCUUCCUCGUCUCCGUCGGCGAGGAUUCCCAAUGGAAACUCCAACGUAUCGUCGCCGAUCGGCGUCAGAUCUAAGGAUUGUAGCUUGAUGACUCUAGUUCUUAGUUGUACUGUCGCUGCUGGGGUUCAAUUCGGUUGGGCUUUGCAACUAUCGCUCCUGACUCCUUACAUUCAGACACUUGGAAUAGGGCAUGCUUUUUCUUCAUUUAUUUGGCUCUGCGGUCCACUAACUGGUCUUGUGGUUCAACCUUGUGUUGGCAUUUGGAGUGAUAAAUGCACUUCAAAAUAUGGAAGGAGACGGCCUUUUAUCCUUGCUGGGUCACUAAUGAUCUCUGUUGCUACGUUGGAUACCAAUUAGGUGAUACCGAGGAGCAUUGCAGUACAUUUAAAGGUACACGAACAAAGGCAGCCUUUGUCUUUGUUAUUGGGUUCUGGAUGUUGGAUCUUGCUAACAAUACAGUGCAGGGACCAGCUCGUGCCCUUUUGGCUGAUCUAUCAGGUCCUGAUCAACACAAUUCUGCGAAUGCUAUCUUUUGUCUAUGGAUGGCUGUUGGAAACAUCUUGGGAUUUUCAGCUGGUGCUAGUGGGAGUUGGUACAGAUGGUUUCCUUUCUUGAUGAGUAGAGCUUGCUGUGAAGCCUGUGCCAAUCUUAAAGCAGCAUUUCUUGCUGCUGUGGUUUUUCUCUCAUUUUGCACUGUUGUUACUCUAUGUUUUGCUAAGGAGGUUCCACUUUCACCACCAGCAAAUCAGCCAACUCGUUUAUCAGAUUCUGCUCCUUUGUUGAAUGAUUCCACACAAAAUGGCUUUCAACACUCAAAAUCGAAAGCUGAUGUGUCGAUUGUUGCCAAUACUAAUAGGACCAAUGCUGAAAAUGGAUAUGAACAAGUGUCAAACUCCAAGUAUGCUGACUCAAAAGAUACAAAUGUUAAAGGUGAAGUUUUCAAUGAUGGGCCUGGAGCCGUACUGGUCAACUUAUUGACCAGUUUAAGGCAUUUACCACCUGCAAUGCACUCAGUGCUUAUUGUUAUGGCUCUCAGUUGGCUGUCGUGGUUCCCGUUCUUUCUAUUUGAUACGGAUUGGAUGGGAAGAGAAGUAUAUCAUGGAGAUCCAAACGGGAAUGCUUCCCAAAUAAAGUUGUAUGAUCAAGGUGUCAGAGAAGGUGCAUUUGGUUUGCUAUUAAAUUCUGUUGUUCUGGGUGUUAGUUCUUUCUUUAUUGACCCAAUGUGUCAACGGAUGGGGUCAAGACUUGUUUGGGCAAUGAGCAACUAUACUGUGUUUGCCUGUAUGGCGGUCACAGCUAUCAUUAGUUUGGUUUCUGUCAGAGAAUAUUCUCAAGGGAUUGAACAUGUAAUUGGAGGAAGUGCAGCAAUCAGGAUUGCAGCCUUGGUUGUAUUUGCUCUUCUUGGCUUUCCUCUAGCUAUUACCUAUAGUGUUCCAUUUUCUGUUACAGCAGAGUUGACUGCUGAUUCUGGUGGUGGCCAAGGAUUGGCAAUUGGAGUUUUGAACCUCGCGAUUGUUAUUCCACAGAUGAUUGUAUCUCUUGGUGCGGGUCCAUGGGAUGCUCUAUUUGGUGGAGGAAAUAUACCAGCCUUUAUUUUGGCUUCCUUCUGUGCCCUGGCUGCGGGGGUUAUUGCAACUCUCAAGCUGCCUGAUCUGUCAAGUUCCUUCAAGUCAUCUGGUUUUCAUUUUGGCUAAUGACCAAAAUUGCCUUAAUAAGAUGACAACCACUCUGUAUAUGAUGCUUGACAACCAUGGAAAUGCUGUCAUUUGCUUUUGGAGGAUGGAUCCACUAUCAUUCGUACGUAUAAUUUUCAUCAAAAGAUAUGCCUGUUACACAUCCAAAUUCAUUCAUUUUUUUCCCCACUUCGUGGGUGCAUGUACCUUAUAUAGAGUGUAAAUUGCCAAUUAUACUAUAUUGAAAAGAAUAUACAUGCACUGGAUGAUUAGUGUCUUUUUUAAUUUUGAAAGCUCUAAUUAUCGUAAUUCUCACAUUAUAAAGAUUAUUUCGCUAA